AUGUCUCAGUCCAAUCAGCGCGCCGGCCGACGUGAAUUCACAGCCACAACUCACGCCACCAGCUAUUCACACAUCUCACCCUUGUCUUCAGAUCUUUCUGGUCGUCGUGUGCUCAUCACUGGUGCAGCAUGGGAAGACGGAGUAGGCUACGCCACAGCCCUAGCCUUCGCGCGCGCUGGAGCGUCCUUCAUCGCCCUGGCAGACCUGCACGAGAUCUCCCCGCCGCUCAUCUCCCAGCUCACAGCCCCCGCCACUGAAGCAGGCCGCUCGGAACGCUUGAUCAUCACCGGCAUCGUCGACAUAUCCAAGCUCGAAAGCGCAGCAGCCUUCCAAGAAACCGUCUCCAAGGCGUUUGGCAGCCAUCUCGACAUCCUCAUCAACAAGGCCGCCCACCAAGAACCCUACGCCUCGAUCCUCGACUCGGGCCCAGAAAUCUACUGGCGUUCUGUGUCAAUCCUGAUGACUGUGAAGGAGCCUGAGGCUGUGAGGGAGCGGUUGCCGCAUAAGCCGGAGAUUGCGGGAGAUACGAUUUGUUGGUUGGCGAGUGAGAGGAGGGAGUGGCUGGGGGGAGGGUAUGUUAGUUGUCCGUGGGAUAUGGAGGAGUUGGUGGGAAGACGGGAGGAGAUUGUGGAGUGGGAUAAGUUGAAGGUUAGGAUGAUGUUUUAG